GUGGGUGCCCUCUGAUGGGUCAGCAUGAAUUGUCCUUCAUUUCUAAAUAAUUCAUAUGUCAUCUAUUUCUUUAAUCUUUCUCAGAGUAAAUACUGUGAAAGAAGUGGAGUAUCUGGUAGUGCAGGGAGACUGAAUUCCUCCCUCUUCCUUGCAGCCAGUCCUUCUGUACAAUGCUAACUUUGUGUUUACUUGAGGACAGAAGCUUCUACAGGUGUCUAAAGUUGCAGGGAGAACCCAGGCCUCCUUCCCCCAGCGAGGACAGGGAGCAGGCUCUGGCCAAGGCCUGUGCUGCUGUUGCUCCUUCUCCCUGUGCCCCAGGGUUUCCUCUCUCCUUCCCAGGAGCCGCCACGUCCAGGUGCGGAAGUGUGCGGCCGAGCUCCUCCUGUCCUUGAUGGAGAGAAUUGGAGUCACAAGGCUGGCAGGCACACCCAGGGCUGAGAGGCUGGCACACGUGGCAGGGAAGCUUGCGCAGGACUGUCACAAGGACACAAGGCAUUAUGGACAGGAGAUGGUGAAGAUGUUGCUCAAUCAUCAAAAAUUUAAAAUGCUUUUGGAACGGUCUCUUUCCACCUGUGGCCUGGAAGACAUUCUGACAAGAAUGAAGAAGAAAGGAAUGGAAAACCAGAAGGGUGAAUGCCCACCUGUCAAGGAGCCGGUGAAGAAGAGGAACGAUGGCUCGAAGAAGCCCCAGGCCACAUUGUCUUCUAGCAAACGGGUGAAAUCUACCUCUGAUGGACGCCUCCUACACCGUGCAAAAGCCCAGGUCACAUUACCUCCAGCUGUGGAAGAAACGGAGCUGCUCCAGAAGCUUUACAGUCUCCUGGAAGCCAAGGGCUUUCAGACACGGAUGGAAGGAGUGGCACUCCUCCAAGACCUGUGCAAAACCAGCCCCCAGCUCAUCUCCACUAACAUUGUCCAAAUUUUUGAUUAUUUUGUCCUGAGAAUAUCUGACAGCCACAAGAAAGUGAAGCAGAAGGCGCUGGACGUGCUGGCCGAAAUCACGGGCGUCCUGGAGGAAGCCUUGAACCCGGUGAUCAUUGGUUUGGUGGAAGGAAUAACAAAGAGCCUGAACUCAAAGGAUCCCAGGGUUCGUGCCUCAGCCGUGAAAGCACUGGAAGAAUCCAUUGCUCAUUUAGAUAAAGUAUCACUGCUGAAAGAGUUCAGCUACCAAUGGAAUCAACUGAGUGGCCAAGCUCUGCUGGAUGUCGCGGAGCGUAUCACAGUGCUCGUGGAGUGGGUUUAUGCCAGGAGCCCUGAAGUUGUCCAGCAUGACGCCCUGCCCGUGCUCUGGUCCUUCCUGGAGAACAAGGCGCUGCCUGUCCGAAGUGCCAAUGUCCGCACUGUGGCCACCAAGCUUGCCUCGGCCCUCUACAAGGUGAUGGGCAGCAAGCUGAAGAAGUGUGCUGCCAGCAAGCCUCCACAUGUGCAGGACAACCUGUCCAAAAUUUUGGGCUGGUGAAGGCGUGAUGUUCUCCAGGAAGCUGAGGAAGUGCUGAGUUGGACACCUCCGGAUCUGCCUCUAUAGCUGUGCCAAAAAUGCUGCAAUAUUAAGGAAGGGUGUGCAUCUGCCCCAGCUCUCUCCAUCACCCUUCCUAGUCAUGGCAUGGGGGGCCUGAAGCAACUCCAGAUUGAGGACAAGGUGAAGGCCGAUCAUGGCUCAGCCUCACCCAGAGGCCUGACUGGUUACAGUCUUACCGAGACGUUUUCUCUGGACACUUCGAUGUUGCCUUUCCCACAGUCCUUGCCUCCCAUCCAGAAGAGGUCUGCCCUCCAGGCUCAGGAGGAAGCUGCUGCCCGUCUGAAGAUUGUUUGAAGAAUAGGAUUUAUGUGUUAGGCUUCAUAGUUAUAGAUGUACAUAUGUUCUGAUCCUUAGAUGUAGUUUUGAAUAAAUGUGUUUCGACUGUA